AUGUGUGCCAGGAAGAGAGCACGUCGGGCCGCAGACGACUCGGAGGACUCGUCCGCCUCCGACAGCGGCGACGGGAGAAGCGCCAGCAACAACAGCACGGGCACGGACACAGACGGACCAGCCAAGAGACAGCGGUCCAGCACAGAGGCGGCGUACCCGGCGUUCGUGCCGGGCAAGGAUGACCUGGCGUACAAGAUGGCGGUGGCGAUGGCCCGCGUGAUGGUGGGGCUCUCGAGCAGAGACCAGGUGCUGAACAAGACCAUGGUGGCCAAGAUCCUGGACGCCGAAAACAACAAGGGCUCAGGGCUGCAGUUCAAGAAGUCUGUGCUGCCGGCGCUCUCGAUGCUCGUGUCGGACGUGUUCCACUACGAGGUCGUGGAGCUGCCGUCGAAGAAGGCGGCGACGGCGGCACCCGGGGCGCCGGCCAAUGGUGCCAGCGGCCCCGGCGGCCCCAACGGCACCCAGCACGAGCAGAGACCCGUCCAGCCGCACAAGAGUGCCCCCUCCGACGAGUUCAUCCUUGUGAACAGACUUCCGCCCUCUCUGCGGGCGCUCAACUACACGUUCAUGGCCGAACACACACAGCCCAUCGGCAAGUCUCUGCGGGCGAUGGACCGCAGCAAACACGCUGGCAGCACUGGCGGCGCCGCCGCCGCCGCCGCCACCAGCAUCUACGGCGAGGACCUCCCGAGACCCACGUCGGGCCUCGUCCAGAGCGGCAUCACGCUUCUCGUCCUCUGCCUCGUGCUUCUCCACGGAAACAACAUCCUCCAGAGCGACCUCGUGCUCCUCCUGCGAACGAAGUUCGGACUCAAGUUCAAGGAGAAGGAGACCGUCUCCAUUCUCGGCGACCAGACGCUCACCGACUUCCUGGCGAUGCUCGGCAGACACGACUACCUUGACCGCACCUUGAUCACAGCCACGGGCGCCGCAGGCACGGGCACGGGCACAGCCGCUAGCAGCCAGCGGGCCGUCAACUCGAGAUCCACACGCCACGACGACAACACUUUGAUUCUCCGCCUCGGACGACGCUGCCGGGUCGAGUGGAGCGUCGACGAGUUUGUCGGCCUCUUCCGCCAGCUCAUGCAGGACGAUUGGACAGAGCAGCUCCAGGAGAGUGCCGUCUACACCGUGAAAAGCGUCUGGAAACAGUAG